CACAAAAGUCAGCCACGUUCGGCAUAUUUUUCGUGCUCACUGGUGUGAAAAUUUUUAAUAUUUCCUAUUAAUUCCGCAUAGUUUGUGAUAAAUUACGGUCCACCGUAAACGAGAUGAGUGAGACCAUUACUUGUACGCCGGAGUCAGCGAUUUUUGAAGCUCCGCAGCUUCAAUUCAACGAAGAAGGAUGGGGUCCGUGUGAGCUUCCGGAUGCAUUCAAGGAUAUUCCGUACCAACCAUUCAGCAAGAGUGACCGUUUGGGCAAGAUUUCCGACUGGACCGGUACAGCACAAACCGACAAGAAGUAUCCCAAUAAAUACACUUCGCAAUUUGGAGGUGGCAGCCAAUACGCGUAUUAUCACGAAGAAGAUGAAACAACUUUCCAUCUUGUGGAUAGUGCUAGGGUUCAAAAACCACCGCAUCAGCGGGGCCGAUUCCGUGGUAACUUGCGAAACCAGCGCGGUCGCGGCCGUGGCUCUCGCGGUGGGGCUCAGGCGGGUGGAAUGACAACACUUUCGAAAAAUUCCAACAAAGGACGCGAUCAGCGUCGCGGAACCACUCGUAAAUGGGGUAAUCGCGGUCCACCACCUAAAAUUCGAGACGCAUCGGUUGCCGUGCGUCCGGAUUGGGUAACAAUAGAAGAGAUGGACUUUCCGCGAUUGUCCAAACUUUCGCUACCGAGCGUUAAAGAAGGAGAGAAUAUUUGCACAUGCGGUACGCUUGAGUACUACGAUAAAACUUACGAUCGUGUCAAUGUGAAAAAUGAACGGCCGUUGCAGCGUGUGGACAGAAUCUUCCACACCGUUACGACUACCGACGAUCCUAUUAUUCGGGUACUCUCAAAAAGCCAUGGCAAUGUAUAUGCGACGGAUUCUAUUCUAGCUACGAUUAUGUGCUGUACUCGCUCGAACUAUUCCUGGGAUAUUGUUAUUGAGAAAAUUGGCGAUAAACUUUUCAUGGGCAAACGAGAUAAUACCGAAUUUGAUCUAUUGACCGUUAAUGAGACGGCGAUUGAACCUCCGCAAGAGGAUGGAAGCUCUCUUAAUUCUCCUAGAAAUCUUGCGAUUGAAGCUACGUUUAUCAAUAAUAACUUUAGCCAACAAGUCUUGAAAAGUGGCGAGAAAGAGGCGAAAUUCAAGUUUGAUGAACCGAAUCCAUUUAUUGGUGAUGACGAAGAUGGAGAAGUGGCAAGUGUUGCGUAUCGCUACAGGAAAUGGGAUUUAAAUAAUGGAAUUGUACUCGUCGCUCGAUGUGAGCAUGAUGCUGUUUUGCAAACUCCUCAAGGCGAUACUCAAUUCCUUACGAUAAAGGCUCUGAACGAGUGGGAUUCGAAAUUGGCGAAUGGCGUUGAGUGGCGUCAGAAAUUGGACACACAGCGAGGUGCUGUGCUAGCCAAUGAACUACGUAACAAUUCAUGCAAACUGGCCAAGUGGACCGUACAAGCUCUGUUAGCUGGUUCAGACCAGAUCAAGUUUGGAUAUGUAUCUCGAGCUCACGUCCGGGACUCUUCACGGCAUGUCAUUCUCGGAACACAGCAAUUCAAACCACAAGAAUUCGCUAAUCAGAUUAACCUGAGCAUGGACAAUGCUUGGGGUAUUCUGCGUUGUAUUAUCGAUAUUUGCAUGAAACAAAAGGAUGGUAAGUAUUUGAUUAUGAAGGACCCCAACAAGCCGAUGAUCCGACUAUACGAUAUUCCGGACAAUACCUUCGAAACCGACGGCGAAGAGGAAGAAGGUGAUGACGGUGAAGCUUUCCAGCCAUAUUCUUAUGGCACGACUCCGAAGCCAGCGGCUACCGUACCUGUGGCCACUCCUGCUGCUCCAUCCGUUGAUACAGCAGCUGCUCCCCCAGCUACAGCCACCGUGGCUCCUGUCCCUGCCCCUACUAUUGCGGCUGCAGUUGCUGCCGCGACUGCUCCGGCUGCAAGUGUUACCGCACCAGCCGCCACUACUGCUGCCGCUGCCGUUGCGGCCACUACAACUACUUCUACUACGACAACCAGUGCUGCGGCACCCGCCAAGUAACUGAUUGCCGAAUUAGUAAGCCAGCAGUAAGCUAUUAUAUUGAACACAAUAUUAUACAUUUUCAAACACUAUUACAACAUAUAUUUGCUAACAAACAGCAGUUUAAAAGUGCACAACGUGCGUUCGGGACAAGAAAGUAACGAUAUUAGAUGAAAUACAUAAAGUUUUACCGGUGGUCAUUGACUGACUACCGGGGGA